UUCGGGGCGGCUCCGCUCCCCGCCGGAGAGGGCAGCACCCUGUGCCAUGGCGGGACUGCGCUGGCAGCCUCGCUGCUGAUGGAACCCCUCUCCGGGAGCCGCCAUGGCCGCCCUCUGGUGCGCCCUCUGUAGCUGCCUCCUACUCUGCGUAUCUGGAAAAGUGCCAAAACCCCAAAAUGCAAGGAUUACUUCAGUUAAUCUUCGUAGCAUUUUACAGUGGGAUGCACCUAGGUUUUACAAAGGGAAUAUAAGUUACACUGUCCAAUCUAAGAGCAUCAAUUUACCUGGAGACACAUAUGAAAAUGUGAGCACAAAUUUGAGACUCACAGAGUGUGAUGUCUCUUCUCUGUCUGCGUAUGGAGACUACAUUUUACAGGUUCGAGCAGAGUCAGAAAAUGACCAUUCAGACUGGACAACCAUCAGAUUUAAGCCAAUGGAUGACACCAUCAUUGGGCCACCUGAUGUAAAAGUGAAGUCAGAGUCUGGGUCCCUGCAUGUGGAUUUCAUAGGCCCUUUUGCUGAGCGUGACAACUGGCCUCUGAAGCAGUAUUACGGUUCAUGGAAUUACAGGAUACUGUACUGGAAGAAUGGCAGCACUGCUUCUGGGGUAACUCAUGUAGACACUAAACAUAACACUGAAAUCCUAUCUCAGCUGGAGCCAUGGACAAUAUAUUGUAUUCAAGUGCAAGCAGUUAUCCCCGAGUGGAACAAAACAGGGGAACUGAGUGAAGUGCUUUGUGAGAAGACAACCCACAACGGUGUAACUCCUGUGUGGAUAGUUGUGACCAUUCUCAUAGGAUCAAUGUUGGUUGUUGUGAUAUCUGUUCCUGUUUGUUUCUUUUUGGUUUUGUAUCUGUAUCGACUCACCAAACAUGUUUUAUGUCCUUCCUAUGUUUUCCCACAACACUUGAAAGAGUUCUUGAACAAGCCUUCCAGUGGUUCACAGAUUUUUUCUCCAGUCCCACAAGAAGAGCACCUUUUUUAUGACAAGCUAACUGUAAUUUCAGAAGAAUCCAAAAGUCACAGUGAUGAGACUGGAGAUGAAGCCAGCAAGACACCAGAGCACCUUCAGGACUCUGAACAAGAAGAUUCUGAUUCAAGAACAGUGUCAGUUUCAGAAAAGGCCUGAAUGCACUCCUCAUGCUUCACUCAGACCAAAGGAAAAGCAAAUGGUCUGUUGAACUUCUAAUUGCUAUGGUCUUAAGACAGUAAAAAUACAUGAAGAAGUGUACACAGACUUUUGACAGACUCAUACUAUUUUUUUGAGUACAAGAAACUUGACUAUAAACAAAGAAUUGAGCAAUACAUAAUUUUUGCUGCUGUUUGCAGUGGCUCACUGUUGAGUUGUAGCAAUGCCUAGCACUGUGUCAUGACAUUAUUUUAAAGAGCAAUUACAUAUAAUGCUAAUUUAACUUUGAUGAACUAUUUAUUGCAAAAGUUAAUAAAACUGAAAUCUUAUAUAAGGUUUGUAAAAGAAAAUUCUAUUUUGUAAAGUAAGACCUGAUCUGACUUAUUUUUUGCAGUGAGAAAUUGUGUGUAUUUCUUAAGGAUAACCCUAGUGGUGUGAUCUUUUUAUUAAAUGUUUUUUUUACCUGA